AUGAAUUUGGGUUUCGAUAAUUUUGGGGGGGGGAAUUGUGUGGGGGUGCUAAGGAGACUAGACGAUGAAAAGGAAAACGAAUCAAAGAAAAAAUUAGAUUUCAAAAUGGAAUCAAUCAAUCUUAUCAUUUACAGUGUAACUGAUCCUGGUGAUCCUGAUUCAGUUAUAUUCAUUACAAAAGGGAAGAAAAAAAAGAUAUCAAUGGAAACAGCUGGUAUGCCGAUGCCGGGUUAUCAUUUCAUUGCUCCCAAUCAUAUUGUUAAAACGCCGAUACAUUAA